UCCGCUCUGAAUCUAUGCGAAACUCCUCUUCUUGACACCAGCGACGACGGGGAAACUCGAUUUUUGACAGUUUCCGCCCAUUGUUUUUCAAUUUUUUUUAAAGAGACGCCCCCGUCCUUGUACUCAUCGGGAGUAGUGUUCCGUGUUCGUGUAGCAGAGUUGACGGUGAGGAAGAGGAUGUCUGGUUUGGAAGGGAUGAGUCCGCACGCGCUGGUGGCGAUGGGCGCGGGCUGGAAGUGGCAGCCGGCCCACGUCCACCAGCUCCACGCACACCUCCUCGUCUCCGGCCGCCUCAGCGGCUCGCCUGCCCCUGCCGCGCUUGCGCUACUGCGCGUCGCCUGCCGUGUACGCGCGUCCCCUUGCCUCCGCCCGCUCGCGCACCACCUGCUCGACCGGAUUCCCCACCCGUCCCCGCAACUCCUCCACGCCGCAGCGCGCCUCGCCUCCCGCCUCCGCCUUCCUUCCGUCGCGCUACGCCACUACUUUGCUCUCCGUGCGCGCCACCCGGCCUUCCUCCCUCCCGCUCCUGCCAUCGCAGACGUGCUGAAGUGCGCCCCUGGCCGGGCAGCACAUGCCCACGCACUACGAGUUGCCGCACACGGGGUGGAUCCUCGUUUCCUUGACAACACGCUCAUCGCCAUGUACUUUGCCUGUGGCGACGGCUGUAGGGCACGGCAAGUAUUCGAGCGAACGUCUGACCGGGAUGUUGUUACAUGGACUUCACUAAUAUCUGGACUUGUGCAAAACGGUUGCCCCUUACAAGGGCUUCACCAUUUUGCGUCAAUGAUGUACAGUGAGGUGUGCGCUGACUUUGUGUUGCUCAUAUCCGUCCUCAAAGCCUAUAUGGAGAUCGAUGACUUUCCUGGUGCUGCAGCAGCCCAUGCCUUAGUGGUCAAGAGUGGCUUUGACAAUGAACUAGAUGUGGUGAUCACUCUGACAGCCAUGUAUGCUAGGUUUGGGUGCAUUUUGUCUGCUAGGGCACUCUUUGACAGGGUGCCAACCCCACGGGUGAACGUGGUCCUUUGGAAUGCCAUGAUAUCAGGUUACUCUAAGAAUGGCCUUGCCAAUGAAGCAGUGCAACUUUUCAAGCAGAUGAGGAAGGUUGCAAGGAGCAUGACUCCUGACUCUGUUACCUUGCGUUCAGUGAUCCUGGCUUGUGCUCAGCUUGGAUCCGUAGAACUUGCAGAAUGGAUGGAUUGCUAUGUCCAAGGCAGCGAGUACAGGGAUGAUGUGCUUGUCAACACAGCGUUGAUUGACAUGUAUUCCAAGGCAGGGAGCAUCGCUCGUGCACAAACUGUCUUUGAACGUAUGGACGUGCAGGAGCGGGAUGUGGUUGUCUGGAGUGCUUUGAUUGCUGGUUACGGAGUGCAUGGCCAUGUCAAGGAGGCUGUUGCCCUGUUUGAGGACAUGAAGCGUGCUGGGGUGAAACCGAAUGAUGUGACAUUCCUGAGCCUCCUGUCAGCUUGCAACCAUGCCGGUGCUGUGGAGGAAGGGUGGAGCUACUUCCAUUCAAUGAAACAUGACUAUGGAAUCGAGCCCCAGCACCAGCAUUAUGCCUGCAUAGUAGACUUGCUUGCUCGUGCUGGUCAUCUUGAUAGGGCUUACCGGUUUAUACUGGACAUGCCCAUCAAGCCAGAAAUGAGUGUGUGGGGUGCAUUGCUUCACGGUUGCAGGAUGCAUGAGCACUCGGACAUGGCGCUGGCUGAGCAUGCUGCGCAGCACAUUUUUGAGCUGGAGCAUUCCAAUGCAGGGCAUUAUGUGCAGCUUGCAAACCUGUAUGCAUCUGCUGGGAUGUGGAACCAUGUUGCUGGUGUCAGGGUCAUCAUGAGAGGGAGGGGCGUUAGCAAGGCAACAGGGUGCAGCUCCAUUGAUAUCAAUGGAGAGACGCACUCCUUCCAUGCAGGGGAUCAUUCGCAUCCUAGGGCUGCUGAGAUUUUUGCCUUGCUUAAUCUUCUUUCUCCAACUCCAGUUGGUGGUGGAGGUGGACAAGAAUUUUUUUGAAUGCUCUUUUCUUCCAUUGUUCUUGCUGAGGGAGCAUGUGUAAUGUGUUGAAUUGAGGCAAACUAGGUCAUAUCCCAUAAUUCUUUC